CGAUAACAAGUCCUCAGCGGUGCAGAGAUCAUUUGAAUGCUGUGACUGCUGUUGAAGGCCAGAAGAGAGACAGGAGGGACGGAGGUGAAGAAGAAGAGACGGACAGACAGAGGAGCACAGAGGACAGACAGACAUUUUCCCGUGAUGGCGGAGAGUGCAGACAUGGAGGAGCUCCUGACAUCCUUUAAGAAGUUUGCCAUUCACGGAGACCCAAAGGCCAGUGGGAAGGAGCUGAAUGGGAAGAACUGGGCCAAACUGUGCAAAGACUGCAAGAUCACUGACAGCAAGAAUGUCACCAGUACCGACGUGGACAUCGUCUUCUCCAAAGUCAAACAGAAGACGUCUCGGAUCAUCACCUAUGAGGAGUUCCUGAGAGCUCUGGAGGAGUUGGCUCCAAAGAGGUUCAAAGGUCAAAGUAAAGAGGAGGCCCUGGAGUCCAUCUUCAAAUUAGUGGAAGGCAAAGAGCCCACCAAUGUUGGCGUUACGAAAGUGGCAAAGAUAGCGGCGGUGGACCGUCUGACCGAUGCAUCCCGGUACACUGGAUCGCACAAGGAGCGCUUCGAUGAGAGUGGCAAGGGAAGAGGUCGAGAAGGCCGGGAGGAGCUGGUGGAGAACACGGGAUACGUGGGAGCGUACAAGAAUGCUGGCACAUAUGACAGCAAGAUGAAGGCAGAGAAAUAAUAAGGCAGGAAGUGCAGCUCAUCAACAGCACUUAAUCUGGACCAAACCUUGAACUUUGAUCCUUGUGUGUGUGUAUGUGGUGCAGAUCAGUUUUGUGGACUCAAUGAACACAUGGAUGUGACAGAAGAGAGCAGAUCCAUCACUAAAGCUCCAUUCUGACUGCAAAGGUCAUGUUGACGUGAGCUGCUUGUGUCUCAUUAAUCUUCUAUGUCGGUAAUAAUUACAGACACAAUGAGCUUCUGUGAGUCUGUCGACUGGGUGAUCCAGCUCUCAUUUAAAUUUCCUUCUUCUUUUUCAAAGUGUUUGCUUUCUGCUGCUCACUGUAAAAUCAGAUUUUUGUACGGACAUGGAAGAAGUGAAAAAUGUUCUGAAUCAGCUAGAAGCUAACAUGCUAACACCAAAAUGUAGGCCUGUCUGUGAACCACCAUAAUGACAGAAACAAUUCAAACCAUCAUUCUAUAUGAUCGUAUCAUGUCAGUCACAGGUCAGUACGGCCCAUCUCCUCCACAGUCUGUGCUUUAGUCUGUAAAUGGUUACAUUCAGUCAGACAGUCUUCGUUCAACAUGUGCUGAAUUAGCUGUUAGCAGCUCCUGUUAGCAUCAUAGCCAUGCAAGUCCAGACAGUUGUAGCUGGAUUACUUUUUUCUCUGAUUUCUAAGUGGAUUCUUGGGUGAGUUGAAUGUCGAGUUGAGUGACUUAGCAGCUUUGUUGCUCCUCAUGUGAUGCUGAUGCUGUCUGAAUGGAGCUUUGGUUUGUGUGGAAAGUUUUUCCUCCUUGUUAAUUCUUGGUGACUGUAAGGACUGCAAGUCCUCUGCAGUCAUUCAUUCUGCUUAACGCUGUUAUAACAGCAGCUCACUGUUGCAGUUGUGUCUUUAAUCUGCAGCAGCUUUUCAUUCCACAUUAAACCUCAGCAGAAACCUAAAUUUUCACAAUAUUUUAAUAAAUACAUUUUGCAGCCUCGUUCUUCUUCGAUAUGAUUAUUUUAGAGCUCCAUAAAUGUUUUGUUUCUCUCUUUAUGUUUGGAGCAUAGACUGGACUAUAGCUGUUUUAACGAGCGAAUAAAAGCAAAAAACAUG